AUGCAGAACAGCAAAAGGGCAGUGCUGGACCUAGGCACUGGCUCGAUUAAGGCUGGCUGGGCUGGGGAAGGCAGGGCUCGGUAUGUGCUCCCCACAUGCGCCGGAGCUGUACGCCGGCGCCCCCAGCUGUAUCUGGCGGAGGAGUGUUACUGCCUCCAGGAGUACAUCUGCUCCCGCCCUAGCCAAGGUGGUCUUUGGGCGAAUUUGGAGAUGCUACGAGACCUGAUAGACGUGAGCUUUAGCCGCAAGUAUUUGGGAGCAGACCCUAAGGAGCUCAACGGUGUCGCCCUCACAGAGCCUCUCCUCACUCCAGCUCCCCUAAGGCACCAUGUGAGCGAAAUCCUUUUUGAAGAUCUGGGUGUUGAGCGCUUAGCCAUAGUAGCAGCUCAGGCCGUAAUCCCUUAUGCGUUUUGGGGCAUGGGCUGGGGUGCCCAAGACAUCUGCGCUCCUCCCAGGGCUAAACGCAUGGGGGUUACGUGCUACAGCGGACCUGAUGGGAGUUCUGUCGGUAAUCCAGGCGCACGCGGAGCACCUGUUACUAAAACCAAGGGCGGUGGGACUGGCACAACAACUUCGUCGGAUCCGUGUUUCUCGCCGCGCCUUGCAGCAGGAGCAGCAGCAACAGACCUGAGUUCCGUGGGCCAGGUGAGCCCUGGACGAAACCCCUUUGGACUGACUGUAGACGUAGGGUUUAGCUUGUCCCAUGCUGUCCCAUUUGUGAAUUAUUCCGCUUUGGAAGCAUCAGCCCUUCGCUCUGAAAUCGGAGGAGCACACGCUAAUGCAUACCUCAAGAACCUGCUGUUAACGCGAGGUCUCAGUCUCGAGAAGAACGAGCUCUUCGCUCAGAAACUAAAAGAGGAAACGUGCUUCUUCGCGGGGGAUCUCAUGCAGGUCCUGAAACAGCUGAGUAGUCUACCAGGAGGCAGAAGCACGGCACGCUUGGGCGGGCCUCUAUUCGUGGAGAGAGAGACUCCGGAUUAUUCCCUUACAAAGGCUCAGUUGUCUACGUAUUAUCACACUCAUUCCCCUGCCCCUAUUCCAGAAUUGUCUUCUCUGGAGGGGUCGAGCCAAACCCAAAUACACCAAAGCAGCAGCAGCACCAGCAGCAAUCGCGAUACGGCCUCAGAUACGCCGCCCGUUCCGACGGCGGCAGCUCCGGAACCUCCUGGGGUAGUCCAGGGGACCACGGAUGACACCUGGGGCCCCCCUGGCAUUCCGACAAGGCCCACAGUGAAGCUCUCGACAGAGAGAUUGGUGGUGCCGGAAAUUUUGUUUAGGCCACAAGGCAAGCCAGGAACGUCCGCAUUUGAGUGCUCCUCGCUACUCCUUACUACUUUGCCUUUCCCCUCAGAGGACAAGGCUGCUUAUGCGUUUCUGUGA